CUUUUCUUUCUUUACUUUACAUACAAACAGUCGUCUUUCUUUCCGUGUUUGUGUGUGUGUGUGUGUAAAUGUCCUCCUAGCAUCACUGUGUUAUAUGGCCUUCGAUUUUUUCUCUCCUGCAGUGCGUGGGCGACCCCAGAGCAGUGCUUGGAGGAGGAGCAAGCCAACUGCAAGUGCGAGAUUGCAGUGAUAAAGGUGGAUUGAGGUGACGAGGGGGGAGGAGGACGGGCUGGAGAGGCAGUGAAAGGUCGGGCGUGAAGACCAGAGGGACGUCGCGAUAGUGGAGACAGAAGAGAGAGAGAGAGAUAAGAGGAGAGAGAGAAAGAAAGGAGAGCAGGUAGAGAGAGAAAAGAGGAGAAAAGGGGGUGGAGGAGAAAAGGAGAAAGGGGAAGAAGAGAGAGAGAUAAGAAAAGAGGCAUAAAAGGAGUGAGGGAGAGGAGAGAGAGCCGUGAGGCAAAACAGUGGGGAACGGGAGCAGGAGAGGAGGAGGAGGAGGAGCAAGAGAGAGAGAGAGAGGGAAGCCAGCCAGGCAGCGAGAGGGACGUCUGGCCAAUGCCCCCGCACACUCGUCCUCGAACCCAGGGCUUUCUCCGGUAGAAAAGGGCUUCCCCAUCCCGAGGACGACGCUACUAUGGUCUUAGUGGAUAGCGAAGCGCAGACAGACGAGUGCGAGGUCCUGCUUGGCGAGUUGGAGGGGGAGAGCGGAGGAGGAGGCCUUCAGAGGUGGUCGAGGAGGACGUCCUUCCGAGGCAGAGACAAGAAGGAAGCCUGGAUGAGGAGGAGCAUCAGGCGGUGCCUAUGUCUGCUGGUGCUCGUGACUCUGCUGGGCGGGGCGGGCAUCAUCUACUUCGGCUUCUACUGCCCCGAGGCCGUGUGUGCCCUGAGCUCCACGGCCCCGAGGAGCAGGUACAAGGUGGGCUACCUCAAGGAUGGCAUAAACCAGUUCCACAUGGCCACCGACCAGAUAGGCAGGCCCCUCAGCGAUGCCCUAAGGUCGUCCACGGGCCUGUCCUUCGAGGAGGUCACAGCCCACGACUUCCAGUUCAACAUCCGCGGCCACGAUGUCAUCGUGUUCCUGCACAUACAGAAGACGGGCGGCACGACCUUCGGCAGGCACUUGGUGAGUGACCUCGAUCUGGACAAGUCGUGCCAGUGCCACCGCAAGAUCAAAAAAAGGUGCACGUGCCUGCGUCCAGGGAAGAACUCCAACGAGACGUGGUUGUUCUCGCGCUAUUCCACGGGAUGGAAGUGUGGACUUCAUGCCGACUGGACGGAGCUUACGAGUUGUGUGGAUGACAUGAUGGACAGAAUCGAGGACCAUGAUGUAAAAAGAAGAUAUUUUUAUAUUACUUUUCUGAGAGAUCCCGUCCACCGAUACCUGAGUGAGUUUCGACACGUGCGUCGUGGAGCUACGUGGAAGACUGCCAGGCUCCUUUGUCAGGGCAGACCGGCAACUAGGGAGGAAGUCCCCCUUUGUUAUGAAAAUGACACAUGGGAGAACGUAACCCUGGAAGAGUUCAUGUCAUGCGAGAGUAACCUUGCUGUGAACAGACAGACGCGGAUGUUGGCAG